AAGCAUUACUAUAAAAACAUGGCGGUAUUCAAUCGACUUAGACACGCUGCUCAAUUUACAAGAAUAUUACAAAACUAUCAAACUUUUAAGUACAUUAAGCCACAAUUAUACUUUAACGCCCAAGCUCCCAGUUGUAAUGUGCGAUUGUUGUCAUCGCAAACGGCUGAAAAUCCAGCUCAAGAAAAUUAUCAUAAUAUCGUACAAGACAUUGAAAAAUCUACAGGUGAUGGAGCAAAACACGAAUUUCAAUCUGAAACUCGUAUGCUGCUUGAAAUCGUUGCUAAAUCUUUAUACUCCGAUAAAGAAGUUUUCAUACGCGAAUUGAUAUCAAAUGCCAGUGAUGCUUUAGAAAAGCUGCGCUAUUUAAGAUUGAGUAAAAAUUUAUCUACUGAAGAAGGUGGAGAUCGUGAAUUAGAAAUUCACAUUGCGACAAAUAAGCAAAAUCGUACCUUGAUAAUUCAAGACACUGGUAUUGGAAUGACUAAAGAAGAAUUAAUUUCUAAUUUAGGUACAAUUGCGCGUUCAGGCUCAAAGGCAUUUCUCAGUGAAUUAAAAGAUAAACAACAGUCUAAUGAUUCUGCUAAAAUAAUUGGCCAGUUUGGUGUAGGAUUUUACAGUGCAUUUAUGGUUGCUGAUAAAGUUGAAGUAUUUACAAAAUCGUACAAUAAAGAUGCUGAAGGACUUUAUUGGUCAUCCGAUGGAACGGGAUCUUAUGAAAUCUAUGGAGCGGAAGGUGUUCAACCGGGAACAAAAAUCAUAAUUCACUUGAAAUCAGACUGUCGUGAAUUUAGUGAUGAGUCGAGUUUAAAUACAAUUAUUAAAAAGUACAGUAAUUUUGUCGGUAGUCCAAUUUUUGUAAAUGGAAAACGAAUUAAUGUUAUUGAACCACUUUGGAUGAUGGAUCCAAAACAAGUAACUGCUCAGCAGCACAGUGAUUUUUAUCGAUUUAUAUCAAACUCGUUUGACGCUCCGCGAUUUAUUCUUCACUAUACCACAGAUGUCCCUCUGAGUAUUCGUGCACUAUUAUAUUUUCCUGAUGACAAGCCUGGACUUUUUGAAAUGAGCCGUGAUACUUCAGUUGGCGUGGCUCUUUAUAGCCGAAAAGUACUUAUUAAGAGUAAAGCAGACAAUUUAUUGCCAAAAUGGUUGAGAUUUGUCAAAGGAGUUGUCGACUCUGAAGAUAUUCCACUUAAUUUAAGUCGUGAGUUAUUACAAAACAGCGCACUGAUAACCAAAUUACGCAAUGUCUUGACAAGCAAGGUUCUUAAAUUUCUUUAUGAUAAAGCAAAAAAAGAGCCGAAAGAGUACAACGAAUUUUACAAUGAUUACGGGUUAUUUUUAAAAGAGGGAAUUGUUUCUUCAAAUGAACAAUCAGAGAAGGAAUCUAUUGCUAAAUUGUUGCGAUUUGAAAGUUCAUCAAAACCUCCAGGCGAGGUUAUCAGUUUGCCUGAAUACUGUCAAAAUUUAAAGGAAAAUCAAAAGGACAUAUACUAUCUUGCAGCGCCUAAUCGGGAAUUGGCUCAACAGUCACCUUACUAUGAAUCCUUUAAAAAACGUGACUUAGAAGUUUUGUUUUGCUAUGAGCCUUACGAUGAAUUAGUUUUGAUGCAAUUGGGUCAGUAUAAUAUGAAAUUUUUAACAUCAGUGGAAAAAGAUAUGCACCAGGACACUGAGACGGAAAAAACUCAAAGUAUUAAUAAAGAGGAGAUUGACAAGCUAGUUGGUUACAUUAAAAGUGUCCUUUCAAAAAAAGCCUUUGAAGUUAAAACGACAACUCGAUUAGAAAAUCAUCCUUGCGUUGUUACCGUUCAAGAUAUGGCUAGUGCAAGACAUUUUAUUCGUACACAAAGCCAAAAAUUAAGCGAUGACAUGAGAUACAGUUUAUUAAGACCCAGAUUUGAAAUAAAUUAUAAAACACCUGAAUCAGAAAAGAUUGAUUGUAAUGAUAUUUCAUGA